AUGCCUCGCGAAAUUUCAGAUAUCAAAAACAAAGGAAAGAGGAGAGUUCCAAGGGAGCAGAGACUGAUUGAUGGCGAAACAGCUGCCCGGAUAAAGCGCAACAAGAAGACGGCCAUUGUCAAGUUCAAGGUCCGCUGCCAACGACACCUGUACACGCUUGUCUUGAAGGACUCGGAGAAGGUUGAGAAGCUGAAGCAAUCGCUACCACCCAAUCUCACCAUCGCCGAUACCCCCAAGAAGAAUGCCAAGGGAAAGCGGGUAGCAUAA